UGGCUGCGAUGGCACAAACGGUAACACGGUCACAGAUUCUUUCAAUCUUCAAGAAACUACACCGAGUAAGACAAAGAGCUUUUAAGAAUGAUGACUUAGGACUGAAAGUUUGCAGGGAGAGGAUAAAUAAUGGUUUCAGAGAGAACAGAAAUGUGACAAGUGAAGAAGAAAUAUCUAAGUUAUAUAAGACAGCAGAGGAAGUGGAGAUGGUGAUGAGAACACAGCUUGUUCAACUGGAAAAAGUAGAUGAAAAAACAUUUAGAAUGAAUAUCAGAGAAGAAACUCACAAGAGGCCAAAUUAUCUUUUCAACCCUGAUGCAGUUAUUCCAAUUGAAAAGAGAACACGAAAAUCAAGAAAAUGUGAGGAAAUAAAACAACCUAAAGGAUCAUAAGAUUGACCAGCAUCCAAACUUAGACAUUCUCUCAGAACCUUGACAUCGUUUGGACCUAGUGGCCAAUGUGUCUGUCAUACAGUUAAAGAUUGAUUGUUCUGUGAAUCUAUAAGUGACUUGCCUCUUGAGGGAUUUGAAGAAACUUGCACUAUUUAGUACAUGAAUUGCAUGUGUUCAGAUUUUUUAAUGGGCUUUGUUAACAGUGACAUCAGUUUGUGUUAUAAAUUUUAAUAAUUUAAUUUAUACAAUAUUAAAGUUAGUUGUUAAAUACUUAA